GGAUUUCUCGUAGAAAUUAAAGACUGAAUGCAAGAUCUUCUGAAUGCCAUAAAUGAGUAUGGGAUCGGCAUAAAUUCUUCUAAGCAUGCAAAACCUAGUCCUCAUCAGGCAGCAAGACAGCUAGUUGGAAGCCUUGUCCUGAAAAAUAGAUUGAAUUUGCUAUGCGCAUCCGUAGUUGCGAGUUUCAUGUGCUCAAGAGACAUGCUUGUUGUUGUAUCCAAAGAUACUGUCGAGUGUAUCAGUUGCGAUGGAAAUGAUAUGAGGCAUGAAGGCUCUGCUUCGAAUCUUUCACACUGUGAACUUUCUGCCGUUGUGGCUACGCCAUCUAAAGCAAUUGUCGCAAGCGAAAACGGCAUAUGCUGCGUCACACCAUCAUCCCUAAUGAUAGAAAAAAAUAGCAGUGACUUUUUAACUCGUGAACAACAACAUCGUAUUUUGUGUGUUGCUGCCACUCCUGAUGGUUCGUAUUUUGCGACUGGCGGGGGGAAUGCCGUCGUCACAGUAUGGUCCGACGAGAUGAAUCCAAUACAUCUUCUGUUUGGUCACACGGAUUGGGUUCGAUUUGUAAAGUUUGCUCGAGGAUCAAACCCAGCGCUUCAGUUGUUCAGCACCGGUGAUGAUGGUGUUAUCUUCCAAUGGGAUCCCUUGGCCGGCUCGGCUAUUUCUCGCCUAGAUUAUACGAGAGGCCAAAGUAUUCAGGUUUUCGAAGUUAGUUUCAACAGUGGUCUUAUUGCAGUGGCCUGUAAUACGCCGUUUCUGGCGCUGUAUCGAUGUCGUUCUGAUAACCGUACGAAACGAUCGGAUGAUAAUGUGCUUUUGCUGAAAGAAUUAGGUAUCAUAUCAGGUGCGCAUGACACAACGCCAACGGUGGCAAAGUUUACAGAAGAUUCGCAGUGGAUUGUCAGUGCUGGUGAAGACGAAGUACUUGCAAUUUCAUCUGUGGCUGAGCCGAGGAAAAUAUUUAUUUGUCGUGAACUUGUUUCGAAACGCUAUUGCACUACCUUUCUGGGAACAUUCAACUGCAUUUCCAUUCUUUCUGCCCCACCACAUUCGUCUGUAUUUGUUGUGAUUGUCUGCGCAAGUAAUGGCACGGUCGUUCAAUGGGUGUUAGAUCCGCGCCGAAGUCGCACCACGUAUAUUAAAAAACUACAGCUACAUUUAGGUGUUUUAAUUUCAAUGGAUUUUAUUCACAACAAAAUUGCAGUUUGAUUCACCGCUUGUAGAGAAAGUGAAUAUCUCUUAUGAGCGUCUGUUUUCACAA